UCUCUCUCUCUCUCUCCCCGCCUUGAACUUGUCCCUCGGUGUCGGUGUGUCUGAGCGAAGCGGCCGAGUGCGGGGCAGUCUCUGCGAGAGGCAGGCGGAGUUGGAGGAGGAGGGGGCGGCCGGAGAGGAAUAGUGCCGGGCACCGGGGUGGGGGUUUCACAGCCCCCGCCGCCCAACCAUGUCCCGCCGCAAACAAGGCAGCAAACCGCAGCACCGCAGCGAACUGAACCGUGAAGACGAGAAGAUGGAGGAGCUGCCGGAGCCGCUGCGGCCAGCCACCGCCCCCAGCCCGGACCUGCUGACGUGCGGCCAGUGUGGGCGAAGUUUCCUGCUCUGCCACAUCCUCGACUUCAUCGAGCACAAGAGGAGUGAUUGUACCUGGCCGGCCCGUCUCCGGGGAGCCCCCCACGGGGGUCCGCACUCCCCGCUGGCCCAACGGGGAGACGUGCAGGCGCUGGGCGUGUCGGGCGUCGUGGGAGGAGGAGCCCCUACUGGAGAUGAGGUGGAGCCCGUCUGCUACAUCUGCACCUCCUGCAAAGAACCUUUCCCCAGCGCCUGGCUCUUGCUUCAACAUGCCCAGUACAACCAUGGCCUCCACAUCUUCCUCGAGCUGGACCAUGCCGAGUCCCCCCUGCCACCACCAUCCAGCACCGACAACCCCACCGGCUCCUUGUCACCCCAGUCCCAGGAGGGCAGCCCCUCCGAGGGGCCCCGGGCCCAUGAGAGGCCCUUCCGGGUCCGCUCGCCAGUGGCAGCGACAGGUUCUCUGCUCUUCGCUCCGCCCCUCCACCGGCUGCCUGACCAGAGUGACAGUGGCUCAGAGGAGACGGCCCCCUCGCCGGCCCAGGGAAGCCGGCCUCCGGCCGAGUUCUCCCGCCGGCUGCGGACCCUAGCGGGGGGAGCCGGGCCACCCCGCCGGAGUCACCAGCACCGCUUGCCGGGCAUGCCGACUGGCCACUCAUCCUCGGGCUCCGCCCGGCAGCACUCGCCACACGGCCGGAGCAAGGACUGUGAGUUCUGCGGCAAGACCUUCAAGUUUCCCAGCAACCUGGUGGUGCACCGGAGAAGCCACACCGGCGAGAAGCCCUACCGCUGCCCCUUCUGCGAGCAUGCCUGUAGCCAGUCCAGCAAGCUCAAGAGGCAUAUGAAGACCCAUGCCGGCCUCUUCAAUGGUUGGCCACUCACCACAGGCAUACUCGGUGGCAGGGCCACUCGCGAGCAGGCGUCUCACCGGCGGAGGUACAUGGACGAACGCAGAGGGCAGCAGAACCCCGGCGUCACCUCACCCCUCGGUAGCCAGGACGAGAUCGGCUUGAAGGUUAAAGCAAUGAUGGCGGACCCGGACCUGGGUGAGGAGACGCGGCCAGAAGAAGCGAUGGAGCCAUCGGACAGUGAGGGCAACGGGCCCGCCUCAGAUUCGGAGCGUCUGCAGGGCAACGGCGAGCUGGCCAACGGUGAGGCCGAGCAGCCCGGAGACCCCGGCCUGGCUAAUGGUUUCAGCUACCACGCCAAGAGGCUACUAGCGUCACCGUUGGGAUCCAGCCUGCUGCGAACCGCCGUGAAGUCCGAACCGGGCUCGGGCACGGAGGAGGCUGGCUCCAACUUCUACUCCCGCUGGCUGGCUGACUGCGCCGCGUCCCGGCAGCCGGCAGCCCCGCCUCCCCCUCCACCUCCUCCCGCCACCACUCCCUCCCCGUCCCCUGCUCCCCGCGCCUCACCGGCCUCUGAGAACUCCGGCGGCGACAACAACGGUGGCUCCUGCUCGUCCAGCCCGCCCCGGGACGUGUCAGUGGAUGGCGGGCCCGGCACGCCCAAGCGGCCGGGCAGCGAGGAAGGCCGCCGGCGCAACGCCUGCGAGUUCUGCGGCAAGGUUUUCCGCAACGCCAGCAACCUGACAGUGCACCGGCGCAGCCACACGGGCGAGCGGCCAUACCGCUGUGAGCUCUGCCCCUACGCUUGUACCCAGAGCAGCAAGCUGACCCGCCACAUGAAAACGCACGUCCAGCCAGGCAAGGAGGUCUACCGCUGCCGCACGUGCCACAUCCCCUUCAGCAUCUACAGCACCCUGGAAAAACAUGUCAAAAAACGGCACGGCGAACAGUUACAGGACGCCCAGCUCUUCCACUAGAGCAGGAAAGCAGAAAGAGGGACCCGCCAUGCCCUGGGGAGGGGGCAGAGCACAGGAAUCCCACAAGUGCAGCUUUCCUUUGUCACGUCAACAUUCCUCCCCAUUUGGCCCAUCCUCUAUCUCCCCCCCCACCCACCCUCUCUCCCUCACCAUCUCCCUUCCCUUAUCCCCUUCCCUCUCCUCCUCUCGCCCAUCCUCUGCCCUCCCCUCUCGUCCAUCCCACUCCCCCUCCCCUUGCCCAUCCCUCUCCCCCUCCCCUUUCGCCCAUCCUCUUCCCCUCCCCCUCCACUCUCACCCAUCCUCCCCCCCCCACCUUAUCUUCCCCCAAGAAAGUCAUAGUCGAUUUGUGCCUUUCCCACCCAGUGUCUCAGGAUUCCAACAACACCCCCACCUCACCCAAGUAACCACAGACCUCCGCUUGAGGCAUCCAUGGCCCCCAAGAGGGAGAGAAUUCCAAAGGGUCUUUGAACCUUGAAGAAAUACCCUUUUCAUCACAGACCAAAAAGGUUCUAGGUUUACAUUCCUGAGGUUGUGCCCCACCUGGUUGAGGCUCCCUUUGCCACUGUCCACACCUCUCCAAACUUCAGAGUGAGAGAGAGAGAGACAGAGAAAAAGGCCGUUCCUACUCAGUGUAUUUCAACUCAAUCCCCAAAUCCUACUCAUUGAGUUGUAUAUCAUAGAAAUAGGCCCUUCGGCCUAGCAGACCAAAAUUCUCUUUAGCCUAUAUCUUUCUUCCCUUAUCUCUAAGGAUUUAUACCUGCCUGCUGUUGUCUUCAAUCCCACCCUAUGGCAGAGGGCUCUACCCUCUCUAGAGAAAAAUGUUUCCCCUCUGUCCCCAUUUGGAAAGAACUGGAGGAAGCAUCUGCCAAAAUUGAGGCUUCAGUUGAGUUGGCCAACUGUGAAAUGCAAUUCCCAAGUUCUUUUCCCUCUGCCAAAGUUGAUGAGCAGUUCAGGGGUAAUUGACCUCUCGUGUCCAAGGUGAAAGAUGCACAACGUGACUCGUGGGCCAGAAAUAACUUUGCAGACACCGGAGACGGGGUUUGCUGCUUAGUGCUGAAGUGGUGCAGGAAACUGAUGCAGUCUGAACACUUUUGGAGAAAGAGCUAGAUGACCAACUAACUACCCUUCAUUUCCCAAUAGCUCAGGGCAGGGCAAGAAGGAGAGAGGCAAAGAAACUCAAAGGAAGUGCCUUAAGAGGGUUGAGAGAGGUGGAAAGAAGUGGAUGGGGGUGAGCACUGUCUGCUAUACUGAGAUCUGGGUUUUACAGACAUUGCCAGGAAUGGGGUUGAGAGGGAUAAUAAACCCAGCAGGCUCCAUGGGCCGAAUGCAAACUAAUUCUGCUCCUGUGUCACAUGGUUUUAUAGGCAUUCCCUUAGUUUACCCUUUUUGGCAUGGAUAGUACCCUUUCCCCACCCCUCCCUAGUGGCGGCACUUCUGUCAGGUUUGAAGUGGACUGACUCCGUGAUAUUACCUAGAGUUCUCACCUCUUCUUCCUACCUCUCCCCCAACCCCACAGCUUCAGGGUGACCCUGUCCCCUUCUCUCCACAGCCAACUGGAUGACCUGAACUCAAUUAUCAUUCCGAAUAGCAAUGUUACAUUUGAAAGAACGUUUUUGUACAUUAUGAUCAUUUAUGCUCAUAGACCAGCACUAGAGAUAAAUUUUCUAUUCUGAAGGACUCCAGAGUAAUUGAGGGAGGAGGUGGUGACUCUACACAUCUGCUGGGGUGUUGGGACAAUUCAGGUGUUCCCAAUGCCACUGCGAAGGCCUUCGAUGGUAGGUCUUGAACUUGGGAAUUCUGCCCUUAAUCCUUUGCCUGCCUCCCCAAGACACUCCUGAAACCAAAUGACAGUCCUAAAGUUUCCAAAAAUCGGUUUGAAACACUCCAAGUAAAGGAGGUGAGGACAGCGGAGGCUGAGGGCACACUAUCACGGUGAAAGGUGUUGUUGGCAAGUCACAGAGGAGGAAGUUAUGCCACUGUUAAUUCUGCUUAGAGUGGCAGCUGUUACUUUGAACUGUUGGACUGAACUGCCGGUCUUGUGCCUCAGCUUUUAUUUGUGGAAUCUCUCCUUAUCUGUGACGGACAGUCUGCUGAAUUGCAGAGUGACGCAAGAUUAUAACCAGGCUGCUCAGGGAGCAAUACUCAGGAAGCACCUCCUUCAGACAUGGGUAGGGGAUUUUUGGGCCUCCUUCUGCCCCACUUCCCCAGAAGUUAUGGGCCGGUACCAGGUCUGUUUGGCCUUCACUGGGCUUGUGAAUGGAGACCUGCAUUUCUGUAACCUCAGGACUUCCUGAAGCUUUCCGUGGUUGCUGAUGGAUGUUCACGUACUGAUUGGGGACGAGGGUCUGGAGAAGGAUUCCUUGGCUCAAAAAAAAAGGAAAGUAAUAUGGGUGUAGAAUACCCAACAGAGAGAAACAGCCUGCCGUUUUCCAGACUUGUGAAGCCGGGAUCAUUUCAGCUUCAGUACCCGGCCCCCUCCAACCCCAGCACAAGGACUGAGAGGGUGGGCAUUUGGCCUUGGGCAUGAAGGAGUGGUAAACAGGCCUUUGUUCUGGGGGAAUGGAAACACAAACCUUGAGCCUGUGAGGAGACACCAAACCUGAGGUCUCAUUAGGGUCGGGGAGAGAGGUGGUGGGAGUGAGCAGUGUGAGAGACUGCAAGAAGGGGACAGGCCUCAGGCCUGUUGGGUCAAAGGGCUGAUGUAGGAUUUGGGGGGAGAGGGAGGGAAGAGACAGGCCCUGAAUCUGCAAUUGAAGAGACAAGCAAGCCUUGAGCCUCUAGGUCUCGUUCUCUCAGUCUGUGGAGUCACUCCCACCUCUCCCCCCCCCCCCCCCCAUGAACUCCUUAUGGCCAGGGCCCUUUAUGGGUGAAGUGAGAUGAUCUUGGCUUCGCCUUGGAAAUAUGGUGACGUGAGACUGUGAGAGCCAUGGGGCUGUGGUGAGGGUGACAGAUGAGGCUCCAGUUCUGUACAGGGGUUGUUGGUGUUACAUUGACCCCCGUGUGUGAGCAUUCAGAGACCAGGUCUCACUCCUCCCCCUCGUUUUAUUAAUCUUUUUAGAACAUAUGUGUUUUGUACAUGGCAACAAAGCCGCGUAGUGCCCGGGACCUUCAGCCAAGGGUAGGGUGAGAGUUUUAUAUGACCUUUGCCCUUUUCUAUUUUCAAUGUCUCUGUGAUAACCAGGGUGGAUUUAAAUCUGUGUCAAACACAGUUUGCAAUGGAAAGGAGGAGGCAAAACAGGGGUAAGAGUUGGAGAAUGCAUUGAAUGUGGUAUUGUCUGAUAUUGUGAAUUUUCUAAAAAAACUGGCAUGUUUCAGGGCAUCUAAAAUAGCAGUUAAACUGUACAAUAUCUUGCCAGGUAGCACUGACCUAUUUUAUUGUAUCGCUAUGUGGGGUAUUUGUUCUGGGUAACAGGGUUUAUCUUGAGUUAAUGUUUGGUAGGGGGUUCUUUCUGGGUGAGGAGGUUAGGAGGGGGUGAGGGUCCAGAGGGCUGGGUAGGACAGAGCAGUGUUGUCACUGGAUGAACUGGAAAGGGUGUGCGUUGCAGAGAAAACACACAGAGACACACACACACACACACACACACACACACACACACACACCACCCCCCCAGGAUGUACCUCCAAAGUCCCUGUAUCCAUUCAUCGGACAACCUCUCAUUAUAAGAAGUUGGAAGUCACUACUCCUGCCCCCUUCCUACCCCACCACUCCUUCCCCUUUCUUAAAGACUGCAAUAUCCAGGCCAACGCACCCUACUUCCAUCACCGAGAGAGCUCCACACUCAGAAGGAGCUGUCUUUGGGACAGGACAUUAAACCAAGGCCCCGUCUGCCCUCUUCGGCGGACGUAAAAGACCCCUCAAAUGUUAUUUCGAUCGAGGAGGAGGGAGGGUUCAUUCAAAGAGACCAAAUGCAGUGGGAUCUUACGCAGUGGCUACGUUGCAGAAGCACUUCACUGCACGUUAAGGGCACCAGGACAGCCUGAGGUGGUGGUCGGCACUAGGGAAAUUCUUUGGGUGUAGUACUGUCCAGAAAGAUGGGUUAAGUGGUUGACACCUCGCCAAGAAAGAAAAAAAUCCUAUGACAACACUGAAAAGAGGUUUUGAUUUACAGGGAAGGUAUUUUGUAAAAAUACUCUAACCCAAGUUUUGAAAAUAAAAGAAGUAAUGUUUUUAAUGGAUUUUAUAAAGCUGGAUUUCCUGUACCUGAAUUAAAAACGGAUGCUUUGGAGAGUGCGGUUGCCUUGUGAUCCUUUUCCUAAUGACCAAUGUGUUUUCUUCUCGGGUUAGGGUUGAUAAAACAUCCACCCCAAUGCAAAAUAGCUAGACAGCCCUUAUUCCAAAAUUUGACAAGGUGGAGCAAGCGAAAUUGGUGGAUGAUUGGCAGCUGAUUACUAUCAAACAUAUUUUUAUUUUACGAUCGUAAGAUCCUGCUGGACAUGAGGAACUUAAAGAACUGCAGGCCUACCCCCGUCAGCGAGUUCCUCAUUGGCAGAGAAACUGAAGGAGCUGGACCUGGUGUGGCUCAAUAUUAUUAAAGUUAUUUACUAAAAAGGCUAGUGGAUUUGGUCGUUCAGAAGGGAUUUGUCACAGCCACCCUCCCAUAUGUGAUGGGAAUAUACAGUAGCUAUAUUGAAUUACUUAACAAAGGGGUUGAGAAGAAUCAUAAAGAUAUUGUUGAUUUGUUGAACACUUACGACUCUGUUAGCCAAAAAUAUAAAGCACAGUACAGCCCUUUCAGCCCACAAUGUUGUGCUUGUCUUUUAACCCACUACAGGUCAAUCUAACCCUUCCCUCCCACAUAACUCCAUUUUUCAAUCAUCCACGUGCCUAUCUAUGAGUUUCUUAAAUGUCCCUAAUGUAUCUGCCUCGACCAUGAACUCCACACAGCAAUCUGACAUGAUUCCAUCCAAGCACCUUAAUGUCUUCUCAUAUCAGCCAUUUCUGCCAUGGGGAAAAGUCUCUGGCUGAUCAAUCGAUCAAUCUAUGCCUCUUAUCAUCUUACACAGCUCUAUCAAGUCACCUCCCACCCCCCUUCGCUCCAAAGAGGAAAGCCUUAGCUCAUUCAAUCUCCCAUUCAUUUCUUCUUCUUGUGUUCUUG